AUGCUUUCUGUCAUUCCCUCGCUCGUCAACGGUGCGCCGGUGGUUUCCUCGGUGCGGAUCCCCGUUCUCUCGUCGGGCGGGAAACUCCUUCACCAUUAUCUGCCGCUCCCGUCUUCCGUUUCGCUUGACCAAGUGGCACGCAAUGCGUUUGUGGGCUUCCAAAAGUGGUCGGCGCGGCCUGCGCUGGAGCGCGCGGAUGUUUUGCGCGCGGCCGCCCUGACCAUCGGCGCCAAGCACGACUUCUACGUCGAGCGCCACAUGGAGUUGGGCGCGCCGCGCGGGUUCGCCGACGUUUGCGCCCGCGCCGCCGCCAACAGCUUUCUGGAGCUGGCGCUGGCGCUCGUGCGCGCCGAAGGAUGCGUGGCCCAGCUGCAUGUGGCGCCGUUGGCGCUUGCGCUCCGCACCCCUGUCGGGCCUGUUCUUUCGCUUGCCCCAUGGAAUGCGCCCACUGUGCUUUGGGCGCGCGCCUUGGCCGCGCCGCUCGCUGCCGGAUGCCUGGUGGUGGCCAAGGGCACUGAAAAGGCGCCGCUGCUAGCGUAUUUCUACGCGCAGGAUCUUUUGGCCGCCGGCGUCGACAAGGAAGCGGUGCAGCUUGUGCAUGUUCUGCCCGAGAACCAGCGCAGUGCCACCGAGGCGUUGAUUGCUCGGCCGGAGAUCCGCAAGGUCAACUUCACAGGCUCGACCGAAGUGGGCGCGCAAGUGGCGGCGGCCGCCGCGCAAAGUCUCACGCCCGUGUUGCUCGAGCUUGGCGGGAAAAACGUCAGCGUCGUGUGCCAGGACGCGCACAUUGACCGCGCGGCGUUUCUGGCGGUGCUCUCCGCCUGGAUGCACCAGGGCCAGAUUUGCAUGUGCUUGGACAAUGUAUAUGUGCACGAGGCGGUGUACGACGAUUUUUUGGCCCGCGUGGCUUUCCAUGCGCAGAAAUUGGCUCUGCUGCCCGACGCCGCCAUUCCUUUCCACAAUGCAGACAAGGUCCGCCGCAUGGUGGACGAAGCGCUUUCGGGCGGCGCGCGGGUCGUUUGGGGCGACGCAAAAAGAUUCCCGCUCGUGCUCGCCGACGUUCCGCCCCAGUCGGCGCUCGCCACGCGCGAAACUUUUGGCCCGGUGCUUUCCAUCUUCCGCUUUUCGGACGCCGAGGACGUGCUUUCUCGCAUCAACGCCUUGUCGUAUGGGCUCAAGGCGUCGGUGUGGAGCAGCAAUGUCAUGGAGGCGCUCGCCAUGGCACGCCGGCUUGAUUUCGGCAGCGUGCACAUCAACGGCUCCACUGUUCACGAUGAGGCGCUGCUUCCGCACGGCGGCGUGAAAAGUAGCGGCUACGGUCGCUUCAAUGGCAUGUGGGGCAUCGACGAGUUUUCCUACACAAAAGUGGUGACCAUGUCGUCUUAG